AAACCCUGAAUCAUCCACCCACCACUUCCACUCCGGCAGCGCACCCGGACGGCGGAGAAAACAAACCAUGGCCCCUCCCGGUCCCGGCCAACUGCUCCCCUUGACCCGCUCGCUCCUGCCUCCCUCCGCUCCCCCCUUCCUCUCCGGCCGCCGUCGCCUGCCUCCUCCCGCCCGCGCUCAAACCUCGCGUCCGCCUCCAUGGCAGCCCCACAGCCUCCUGUGUCCCGCUCCCCUCCAGCCGCUCCGCCCUCUCGCCAGGAACAGGACCCGCCCCGUUGCUGCGCCUCCUGGGGCCUCCGCCGCCGGCGGAGGCGAGGCGCAGGCCCUGGCGGCGGAGUUCAUGACGUCUGAGAGGGUGAAGGUGGCGGCGAUGCUGGGGCUGGCCCUCGCGCUCUGCAACGCCGACCGCGUCGUCAUGUCCGUGGCCAUCGUCCCGCUCUCCCAGGCGUACGGGUGGACCCCUUCCUUCGCCGGCGUCGUGCAGUCAUCCUUCCUUUGGGGGUAUCUGAUAUCACCUAUAAUCGGUGGAGCGCUUGUUGACUACUAUGGCGGGAAGCGAGUCAUGGCAUAUGGUGUGGCUUUAUGGUCCUUCGCUACAUUCCUUUCCCCUUGGGCAGCUGCACGCUCACUGUGGUUGUUCAUCUCAACGAGAAUUCUGCUCGGUGUUGCAGAAGGAGUGGCAUUGCCAUGUAUGAACAAUAUGGUGCUGAGGUGGUUUCCUCGUACUGAACGAUCUAGUGCUGUGGGGAUCGCUAUGGCUGGCUUUCAGCUUGGAAAUACCAUCGGCUUACUUCUUUCCCCUAUUAUCAUGUCACGAACUGGAACAUUUGGACCCUUUGUGAUUUUUGGUUUGUUUGGAUUUCUGUGGGUGCUGGUGUGGAUAUCUGCUAUAACGGGAACUCCUGGUGAACAUCCUCAAAUAUCAGCAUAUGAACUAGAGUAUAUAACAAAGGGUCAGAAAUUGGUGAAACCUCAAGUUCAAGGUGAAAAACUAAAAAAGAUCCCUCCGUUUAGAAACCUACUUUCUAAAUGGCCGACCUGGGCUUUAAUUUCUGCAAAUGCUAUGCAUAGCUGGGGCUAUUUCGUCAUCCUUUCAUGGAUGCCAGUGUAUUUCAAAACCAUAUUUCAUGUCAAUCUGAGAGAAGCUGCAUGGUUUAGUGCAAUUCCCUGGGUCAUGAUGGCAGUUUUAGGUUAUGUGGCUGGUGUUGUAUCAGACACACUUAUCCGAAAUGGCACAAGCAUUACUUUAACUCGGAAGAUAAUGCAGACAAUUGGCUUUGUGGGUCCUGGUAUUGCUCUUAUUGGUUUAAAUGCAGCAAAGAGUCCAGCCAUUGCUUCAGCUUGGCUAACUAUUGCUGUUGGUUUGAAGUCCUUUGGUCACUCAGGAUUCCUUGUAAAUUUUCAGGAGAUCGCCCCACAAUAUGCUGGAGUGCUACAUGGAAUGGCAAAUACGUCCGGAACAUUUGCUGCCAUUUUAGGAACUAUUGGAGCAGGAUUCUUUGUUGAUCGGAUGGGUUCUUUCCGUGGAUUUUUAACAUUAACAUCACUUCUAUAUUUCAGCAGUGCCCUGUUCUGGGAUAUCUUUGCUACUGGAGAGCGUGUUGAUUUUGAUGGCACUAGCUAGCGCCAAAGACGAAAUAUACAGUAAACGAUUUGACUUCACUGGGAGUAUUGUGGCAUCAUCAUCUGGGAUAGUACCGAAAAUGUCCAUGAACCGAGAGAUGAGCAUUACACAUCUGUACUACAACAUCGUGUGGUUCAAUGUAGUGGAAAUAUGCGGUGAAUUGUCUUAUUGUGGAAGCAGAGUUUCAGAGGUUUAGAUCAUGUGAAUCUUUCUGAUGCGCAAGUCCGAAAUGUGAAUUUCAUCCGAAAUGUGAAUUUCAGGAGUCAAGGAUACCUGAAGCAUGCCAGAGAAUAAAUGGCGGUGUAGGAGCUGUACUUUAGGGGUGGCAAACUGGCAAUGGCAGUGGUAGAGAUUGAAAAUAAUGGCCAGUAUGGUUGAAUGGCUUGAUCUAGCAUAGUUUGGUGAGGCUAGCAGAUGCACUGCAUGAUUAGUGAAAAGGUGAGACCAGGAACUCACAAACAAAGUGGGGAACCUGUUGAGGGUGUAAAGACAGCAAUAUAAGUCGUGGAGAUCAUUUAAACUCAUAAUGCGAGGCUACUGUAAAGAUCCAGAAUUCUCUGUCGGCUUCACAAUGUUUGUUCACUUUAGCUUGGGUCGUUGUUUCGUGAAAUUUGUAUUGACCGAAGGAGAACUAUAGUUAUUGCAAUUUCUUA